CACACACACAGCAACCUGCUUCAGGAAGCACUGGAAGACUUCAUACAUUAGAACAGGCUUUGUUCCAACAAGACAGGCCCAAGGGUUUUUUUUUUUACACAGAUGAAUGAGAAAAAAAAAGAGAUAAAGAAAGGGGGGAAAAGAGAGAGAGAGAGAAGGAGAGAGUUAAAACACCCCGUGGAAGUGGGAGGUGGGAAAAGAGUUUCCUGUUGUUGGACAAGAUCAGUCAGGACUGAGUGAGCAGCACAGAACAGAACAGAACAGAACAGAACAGAACAGAACAGAACAGAGAGACACAUUGUACGGACAGAGUGAGAGAAAGAAGUAAAAGAGAGCAAAGAGAGAGAGAGAGAGAGAGAGAGAGAGAGAGAGAGACAGGAGAAGAUGGGCUUCGCAGUGCUCCUGCUUGCUGCGUUGGCAUUGCCGUGUUCCUCCUCCUGGACUGAGGGUGAAGGAAACAGCACCUCGUUCGCCCAGGAUCAGACUGCUCAGGAGAUUCAGAGUGACUCAGACGGAGUGAGAGCGAGGGGAGACACUCCAGACAUCGAGGAGCCCGAGCCCACCGUCGCGGAGUCCGACUACGAGAGCAACUACAACUACUUGUUGUCCAGGCUGGCGGCGAUGGACCAGGCCAUCCAUAAGCUGAACGUGGGCCACUACACGCUGGACGUGAAGGUGAGCCAGCUGCUGGACAGGCUGCUGCGUCUAGAGGGCAAAGUGGCUGACGUCGAGGACUCCAUCCACGAUAUGUCGAACUUCUGCAGGGACAAUCGCAAGGAAAUUGGCCGUUUGGAAGGUUGCGUGAAGGGUCAGAAGGUGGGGCAGAAGUGCUUCCUGGUGUACCGCUUGUACGACACGUAUGUCGGCGCGUCUCAGAAAUGCCAGGAGCGUGGAGGACGCAUGGCGAUGCCACGGGACCGGCGUGAACAAGAGGCUCUGGCGGAGUACGUGAAGCUGGCACUGCCUGGCAGUAACUGGCCCGUCUGGCUGGGCAUUAACGACCUGCGCUCUGAAGGCCUCUACCUGUUUGACGAUGGUACGCGUGUGACCUACUUCCAGUGGAGGAAGCAUUUCCUGUCCAGCCAGCCAGACGGCGGGAAACGGGAGAACUGCGUUGCCAUGUCGUCCGACGAUGGAGACUGGUGGGAUAACUACUGCGACCGGCGCAUGUACUACCUGUGCGAGUUCGAAGCUUGACCUUUGACAUGUACAUUCAGGGGCCCGGUGUCACAUAAUUCAAAUUUCAUUUGUAAAUAAACUCAUGUUGCAUUUCCACCACAAACCACCACCACUGGUGGCAAAUUUGCAGUGCUUUGUGAAGGGAGCCUCCUUUUUUUCUGUGUAUGUGGGGGGGGUAAUUUUAGGGCCAGAAAUACAAUAUAUGGACAAAGGUUUGUGGACACCUAACUAAAGGUGUUUUUUUUUUAACAUCCCAUUCCACAUUGACUCCCGAUUUUCCCUCGUAAUAAGCUCCAAUCUUCUGGGAAGAUGUUCCACCAGAUUUUGAAGAGAAUUCUUUAUUCAGUCCCAAGAUUGUUAGUAAGUACAGUAGGGUCAGGUACUGAUGUAGGCAAGGUGAGGAGCCCUGGGGUGGCAUUCCAAUUCAUUCGAAAAGGUGUUCAAUAGGGUUGGAGCUCAAUAUCAGGAGAUCUUCCACCUUGUCCAACAGGUUUGGAGCCACAUAUGGCUGUAAAAGUUAGGUGUCCCACUACUUUUGUCCAUAUAGUGUAUAUAAACCAAAGCCUGCAAUGAGCAAUUCGAAUCAGGACGUCUCAGUUUCUCGACCAAAAAUACGUGACAUACCGUACCUUUGUAUAUAAAGACGUUUUUAAUCACACGCAUACAGUCAUAUCGUCCCGCCUUCUACUUCUGUAGUUAGAGGAGAGUAUUUCCUGUCUACCUAGAGCAGCUACUUUACUGUUUGUUGACUUGCACAUGAAUUGUUUGCCGCACAUGGAGUUGUGGACCGGGAGGUGGGGGGUUCCUGAUCGCCCCAGCUGGAUUCAAAUAAAACCUUUUAUUUAAUAUGA